AUGUCUGAGUUGAAAGUUGGUAACGAGCAUGCUCUCGCUAGGAUCACAAACAAUGGGCCAAUUUCAAUUCUUGCCUAUUGUUGUUCCUCUAUUCUAAUGACAGUCACCAACAAGUUUGUUGUUAACAAGGAUGAUUUCAACAUGUUCUUUGUCAUGUUGGUGGUUCAAUGUUUGGUUUGUACUCUAGUGCUAGUGGUAUUGAAGGGUCUAGGGUACGCCAAAUUCCGUCCUUUGAACAAAACUGAUAUCAAGAAUUGGAUGCCUAUUUCAUUUUUGCUGGUUUUAAUGAUCUACACUUCUUCUAAAGCUUUGAACCUAUUACCUGUUCCUAUCUAUACCAUUUUCAAGAAUUUGACUAUUAUCCUAAUUGCUUACGGUGAAGUUUUAUUCUUUGGUGGAUCAGUUACUUCCAUGGAAUUAUCAUCUUUCCUAUUGAUGGUUUUCUCAUCUGUUGUUGCAACUCUGGGUGAUCGUCAAGAUGUUGCAGCAAAGGCUCAAGCUGAAGCAUUAGCACUAGCUCAAAAGAAUGCUGGUGGUGUUAAUGGUGCUGGCUCUGGUGGUAGUCUGGGUACUGCUGGUUUAGCUAAUGCUGCUGCCAAUGCCUUACCUGGAGCUGCAUCUUCAUUGAAUGUCGGUUACGUAUGGAUGUUAUUCAACUGUGUGUCUUCAGCUCUUUUCGUUUUGAUUAUGAGAAAGAGAAUCAAGUUGACUAACUUUAAGGAUUUCGAUACGAUGUUUUACAACAAUGCAUUGGCAAUGCCAAUUCUUUUGAUUGCAUCAUUUCUAUUUGAAGACUGGUCAUCCGCUAAUUUGCGCGUCAACUUCUCCAACGAAUCAAUGACAGCUCUUGUCAUUUCUGGUGCCGCUUCCGUCGGUAUUUCUUACUGUUCAGGUUGGUGUGUUCGUGUCACUUCUUCAACAACGUAUUCUAUGGUUGGUGCUUUGAACAAAUUACCUAUUGCAUUAUCAGGUUUACUGUUUUUCGAUGCUCCAAAGAACUUCUUAUCCAUCCUAUCAAUCUUUAUCGGUUUCCUUUCUGGUAUUGUCUACGUUGCUGCUAAGCAAAAGAAAAUGAAGCAACAACCACCAAAAUGA